GGCAGUAUUGCGGUUGACAUCGAACCGUACGGAUCCGUCGCAAAUUUUUCUCGACGAAGAUACGUCUUAUAAGUUUUAUUCCGAUUUUACUUCGAAAAGGUGUGUGACAUUUUUUGUUUUCCCAAUCUCGCUCGUCGCCGACGAUUCAACAGAUGUUGUCGUGUCUCCGGAGCGAUCGCUUCAACCGUGUUUACAACAUUUAUUUCGAAAAUUUGAAAGAGGACGAACAAGACAAGGGGAAAUAAGAAACGCGAUAUUGUGUAUUCUCAAUAUCUAAAACUACCAAUCCAAUAGAUAUUUUUUUACUUCGUGACUGCGAGAUUUGUGGAACACGGUGCGACAUUGCUGACGCAAAAAAACACUCACACGCAUAUGAAUACGCGUGACGGGCGGAACGCUAAAUGUGUGUGAAGAGCGCCGCCCGGUUGGAUGGGAACUGAACGUUUUUCUCACGUUCGAUCGCUCGAGUUCGAUUAGAAAUUGAAAGAAGCCGCCUAUUUAUAUCAAAAAUGAUAGCGUUGAACAGAUUCUUCGAGAGAAUCGGCAAGGAUUUCCGACAGAAGGAGCUGGUACCGUUGAAGAUAAUAUUCUUCGUUCAAGCGUCCACGCUCUACGUGCUCUAUCCGUACUUGACCAUACACAUGAGAGAGCUGGGAAUAAACGUGGAAGAGACUGCGAUCAUGAGUUCCAUCACUCCUCUGGUGGCGAUGAUAAUGCCGCCGCUCGCCGGCAUGUUAGCCGAUCGGAUCGGAAAUUUCAGAAUCUUGCUGUCGGUGUUUUCUGCGUUCGGAGGCCUGGCGGCGUUAUUGCUGUUAUUGGUGCCAAUCGGCAGGAUGACGGUACAUUUUCCCGAGAGGAUAGUUAUGGAUCUCGGUUGUCAAGGUGAUAGCGCGGGCUCGCUCUUCCACACAAUGAGCCAGACGCAUCCAUGCGAGACGAAAUUAAGACCGGAGAUCACGAUGAGAGUAGAAAGUUGCGGAUUCGUGUGCCGCGUGGAAGCUGGCAACGAGACGGAUGCGAUUCUGAAAUCGAAAUUUUAUAUCGUCCGACACUCCGAUUCACGGAUCGGCGUUAACAUCUCGUACAAAUACACGGUUGCGCACGCCGACUUGUCAACGAGCACCGAGCAGGAGGAUAUGAAGGAGCAUCGGCAAAUGAGGAACAACGAGUUCUUCAAGACCGCGAUUCGACGGAUCUCCAAGACGCGCUAUUUCUUCCCGGCGGAUCAGCUGUUCUCGUUCGCUUGCGUACCGUCGGACGAACACGCUCAGGAUAAUAUUGACAAUUUCACAUCAUCAACCCGCGAAAUGUACAAACAUCUCACGUCCUGUAGUUUCGGUCGUUUGAUCACGCCGGAGAACAACGUCGACCGAACGAUCAAUUAUCACUUGUACAAGUCGAAGAUCAAAAAUCUGGAACCGAACGAGGAAGACUCGCGGGAGGAGCGAGCGAGAUACUCGGUCGAGGGUGUAUCAUGGAUUGGCGAAAACUUUCAAAAACCCGUCUGCGACAAUCUGGAUGACGACGACACGAUCAAUCGAAUCGCGAUAGACGCGCGACUUUACGAUAGCGACGCGAAAACAAUGUCGACCCCCCCGCGAAUUUUGAGCGCGAGCGCUUGCGACAAGAGAUGCGUGGUUACCGCGCCUCGCAACGAAAUUUGCUCCAAUAUGAACGUGCAAGUUGAACACAAUGUAAGCCUGACAUUCUGGCUUUACCUCGUAAUUAGAGUCUUCAUAGGUAUCAUCGGCGGCACCACCUUCGCCAUGUUCGAAGGCGCGGUCAUAGCGAUAUUGCGCGAGCAGGACGCGGAUUACGGCCUUCAGAGAAUUUACGGCACCAUAGGGGGCAUGAUAUCCUCGCCCCUGUCGGGUCUUCUCAUAGAUUACGCCAGUCGCGGCAAAGGAUACACCGAUUUCAGACCGGCGUUUUAUCUGUACGCGGCGCUAAAGGUCGUAGGUGGUGUUCUGAUGCUGUUGAUCAAUUUGGAAUUCAAAGCGCCCGCCACGAACGUCGUGCGCGACGUCUUCAUCGUGUUGAGGAACAUCGAGACCGCCGCGCUCUUUCUCACCUGUUUUAUUCUCGGCACCGCAUGGGGAUACAUCGAGUCCUUCCUCUUCUGGCUGAUCCAGGACUUGGGCGGAUCCAAGUCGCUCAUGGGCAUCACCAUAACAGUCGGCGGUAUCGCCGGUAUACCGUUACUGGCGCUUUCCGGGCCGAUAAUAUCGAGGCUCGGUCACGCGAAUGUGAUCUUCAUCGGAUUUGUGUUCUACGCGAUCAGGCUUCUCGGAUAUUCAUUGGUCUACAACGCUUGGCUCAUGUUGAUCUUCGAGGCGCUCGAAUCGGUCACGUCGUCGCUCAGCUUCACCGCGGCCGUUACUUACGCGGCGAAGUUAUCGACCACGUCCACCGACAGCUCCAUACAAGGAUUACUCGGCGGCGUUUAUUACGGAGUCGGCAAAGGUUCCGGAAGCUUGAUCGGUGGUUACCUGAUGAAGGCUUUCGGCACCAGACCGACCUAUCGGAUAUUCGCGGUGAUGACGUUGGUGACCGGCGUCAUGUAUUUCAUAUUCAACAUCACUUAUCUGAGAAAGCGAUCGCGUCUCGAUAGAAACGAUCUCGAGAAGCAGAAACCGAAGGAACAGUCGCGUAACGACAGUUUGGACAAGAGCGCGAACGAAAUCGGUUUAAACGAGAAGCCGCAAGACUUGGAACAAAUCAACGACAACAAGGAUAACGACGCGGACAACGAGUUUUCGGAAAAAACGCGAAACAACAAGACGUCGACGAACGAGCGAGGCUCGUUGAAGCGAAUUGAAAGCUUGAGAAACGCCAAGAACGAGCAGCAAAAUCCGAGCCCGCGGGAGAGCGAGGCGGCGAGCGACGAGAAGAACUGCUUCGCCAAUCCGACCUUCGACACCGACAGUUCUGAUCGGUGCGAAAUCACCGAGAGGAAUCAACGAACAGACGACAAGCUCACCGAUCGGGAGUUCAAUUCUCAAUUGUGAAAGCGCAUGUAUAUAUAUAUAUUAUAUGUAUUUAUGUAUAGAAUUUAUAAAAAUACACACACAGACGCGAAUU